UCCUUCUUCGUCCAUUAUCCUGCUUGUCCCCCGUGGCUAACACCUCUUCUGUCUGGGUUCCCUGAGCGGGUCGUUCUACAUCUAGGUGAAGAUGUCAGCCCAAGAGAGUUGCCUCAGCCUCAUCAAGUACUUCCUCUUCGUUUUCAACCUCUUCUUCUUUGUACUAGGCGGCCUGAUUUUCUGCUUUGGCACCUGGAUCCUCAUUGACAAGACCAGCUUCAUGUCCUUUGUGGGCUUGUCCUUCGUGCCACUGCAGACCUGGUCCAAGGUCCUGGCUGUCUCAGGUAUCCUCACCAUGACCCUGGCUCUCCUGGGUUGUGUUGGGGCUCUGAAGGAGCUGCGUUGUCUUCUGGGCCUGUAUUUCGGGCUGCUGCUGCUCCUGUUUGCCACAGAGAUUACACUGGGGAUCCUCAUCUCCACCCAGAGGAUCCGGCUGGAGCGAAGGGUGCAGGAGUUGGUGCUGCAGACAAUCCACAGCUACCACAUGAAUCCGGAUGAGACAGCAGCGGAAGAGAGCUGGGACUAUGCGCAGUUCCAGCUGCGCUGCUGCGGCUGGCACUCUCCGCGGGACUGGAUCAGCGCCCGCAUGCUGAGAGGGAACGAGUCUGAGGAGCUCUUGGUGCCCUGCUCCUGCUACAACUUCACGGCGACCAACGACUCCGUAGGCUUUGAUAAGCUCUUCCUCUCCCAGCUGAGCCGGCUGGGGCCGCCGGCGAAGCUGAGGCAGACUGCUGACCUAUGCGUGCUCCAGGCAAAAGCUCACAUCUACCGUGAGGGCUGCGCGCAGAGCCUCCGGAAGUGGCUGCACAACAAUCUCAUCUCCAUAGUGGGAAUCUGUCUGGGAGUCGGUCUUCUUGAGGUGAGCGGGAUGGCGCUGUGUCUGCAGCUACGCCGCAGAGCGCUCAGCCGAGAGCCCGCGCUGCUGCAGCCUGGAGCCGAGGGUUCGAGCCUUAAGCCCGGACUGAGUGCUGACGGCAGCGGCGGGCGCUGGGGCGGGCUAAGCAGCAGCGGUGGACGCAGCAGUACCCCUUGGGGCAGCUGGGGCAUGGCGGGUGCCUGCCCCACAUGGGGGGACAAGGCUCCACAAGGCAAGCUACCCAUGGCGCUGGGGCCCUGGCCCAUGUGGGAUGCUGAGGAGGAGCCACCUGAGACCAAGACCGCAGGCGCUGACGCGGAGGUCGAGGCACAAGCGGGGAAGGCCGAGCCUCCAGAAUAAAGGACCCUGGGCUUGCCUCUGAGCUUUCUCCUUUGCAGACUGCCGCUGAACAUUCCGCUCUAAGGCUGCCAUUCACUCCCAGCGCUUACGCAUGCUCACCCUUUGCCUCUCCCUCCGGGUUCCACCCCUUCUCCAACCCUGAACCAUCUCCUUUCUUUCCCAGCUCGGAUUCAUGACGCUCUCAAUAUUCCUGUGUAGAAAUCUGGACCACGUCUACGACCGGUUGGCCCGGUACCG